AUGAGUCUACUAUCUACACCUUCCCAUCAUCGUCGCCGCAGGAACUCCAGCGCGAACACUGUGGUGGUUGAGGGACCGACAUCCACACCAGUUACGGAGGUCGAACUAGUUGUUGCUGCUGAGCCAGAAGAGCCUAAGAAGAAGACAUUGGCUGAGGAGGCUGCCGAGCCUACUGCGAAGAAUACAUUCCGAUUGCGUAUGGUGGAGAAGGGACAGGCCUCUCCAAUGGCACUUUUGUUAUUCGUACUUAUCGGUAUAUCAGCAUGGAUUGAGACUAACGCCUUAUUCUCAGAGUUGUGGGCUGUGGCUCCUGUAUUACCGGAGUCUUGGAAUUUAGCAUCGUAUUUGGUGGUAAUAAUCCAAUUGGGUAACGUAGCCCCUCUGGUCUACUCCUACCUCCCUAAACCACCAUUAUGGGUAGCAAUGCUCAUGGUACUCCUAUCCAGUGGAUUCUCAAUGUUCUUGGCUUGCGGUAUUUGGGAUAUCACAGCCGAAGUCUUCGGAGCUCAGCAUUCCGUUGGUCUACUCGUAUCGGCAUUCGUAGCGUCCAUGAGUGACUGCCUUUCUAAUUUAGUAUUCUGGCCGUAUGCUGGUGGGUUCGAUUCCCAUCCCUCCUACCUGGCGGCCCUGGCCACCGGUGAGAGCCUCUCCACCGCAGCUAGUGCAGCCGUUGUAGCGGUCCAGAAGGCCAUUGGCUUUGGUCCACGCGUUUACUUUGCCGUUAUCGGAUGUAUCGUCCUCUUCUGCACAGGAGCCUUCCUCCUCCUCCAUUUUUACUAUAAGAAAGCGGCUGAGAGUGCCGAGACUCUUGACUACGAUGAUACCAGUGUGACCAGUAGCCCUUCCAUCAGCAGUUCAGCCAAUGAGGAACGCAGUCUUUUUACUAGGGAGAGCAAACGGUUCAUCUGGCCCUUCCUGCUCAUUGGUUGGCUAUCCUUCGUCCAGAAUGCUCUUACUCCAACAUUCCUUCCCUUCGCUGGUCAAGCCUACCCCUCAGGUUACCUCCUAGCUCAGAAUGUCCUCUUUGCCUGUAGACCUGUUGCCUCCAUGGGCGCUGCCUGGGCCUUAGGAAUGCACUAUCGGAGCAACUGGAUAGUGAAAACUGCUGAAGUGACGUCAGUGAUCCUGUGGAAUCUAGGAGUGUUCAUAACGUUGUACCUUUCCUAUGCUCCGGUUGAGGAUCUUCCUCUGGUCGGUCAGUCUUCUGGUACUGCCUUUUUCACUGUAGUCACCGUAGUGGGCGGGGCGACCAUCGCCUUCACCAAAUCAGCGACUAUGCUACGCCUGAAGCCCUACAACAAGGAGGGUGUUCUCAAGCAUGCGGGCAUCUGUAUGCAGUUCGGCUCUAUGGUCGGCGCAGUUACCUGUGCAUUGAUCGCCAACCUAGUGAAGCCACCUACUCACUGA